AUGGAUGGUCAUGACUUGCGUGAAAUAAACCCUACCCAUCUACGUUCUCAUAUGGCUCUGGUAUCGCAAGAGCCGACCCUUUUCGAUACAUCAAUUAGAGAGAAUAUCGUCAAUGGCUUGCCACCAGGAUUUGUCAGUGAAGCCGCUAUUUUGGACGCCGCACAAAAAGCCAAUAUCCACAACAUCAAUAAAUUACUAGGAUGUGCCAUGAAUUCGACCCCAUUAGACAUCGGUUACAAUACGCGAGCUGGAGAAAAGGGGACACAGCUAUCCGGUGGCCAGAAACAGCGCACAGCUAUCGCAAGAGCACUAAUCAAAAAUCCAAAGAUUUUAUUGCUAGACAAAGCGACCAGUGCUCUUGACACGGAAAGCGAAAGUUCGAAAGCACAACUUGAACUAUCACUCUCAUGA